AUGGCCAUUACUCGCUUCUUCACUCUCAUCGCUUUCUCUAUUGGCGCUGCUCAACUUGCUUGUGCAGCCGUUAUUCCUACAGCUGUCUUUUCCGAGAGUCCUACAAAUUGCCCGACGUCAUUCUCUAAACCAUCCGGGGACGCGCUAGCACCGACUGAUAUUCCACAAGACGGGUUCAAUAUUUCUGCGGGACCCUUGGGGUGUCCGCCCUCUUUCUCCGCGAGUGGUCUACCGGAUGCGCUCCCUUCCGGUUUCCCACCUGCUGAAUCCGCUGAUGGGUCAGCGCCGACCGACAUACCAGGGGAUGGUUUCAAGAAAUCUGGAGUGCCCUCCCAAUCUGACACUCUACCAACGAACACGGCGUCUUACCCCUCUGGAGCAUCCCCCGAUGGCUCAGCGCCAACACAGCUCCCCAGGGGAUACUUAGGAUCCCUUUCUCAAUUGCCCGACAGCCCUUCGAGCGCAUCGGAUGGCGCGACGCCGACGGAUACCCCACAAAAUGGAUCUAUGCCAUCUGGAUCUGGUAACGCUCCGCCUUCAUUCUCUCAAGGUGGUGAUCCAUCAGCGUUCUCAUCUUACUUACCUUCCGCUGCGCCCAGUGAUGGCGCGGUACCCAGUGACUUACCAACCUACGACCUCUCCUCCGGGUCGCUUCCACAAGGGUGCCCAACUGCCUUUCCCUCCUCUGUCUUCCCCUCUGGGGGCCCAGCUCCAACUGAUGCCGCGUAAUUCCCAUUUCUGUUAUCCGCAGUAACCCUUGGACGUUAUGGACGCCAUGGACAUAUUUGUGUUUACGAUUUUGACAACUUGUACGAUUAACCACUGUAUCUUUACUUCAUAUACUGUACCUUCGGACGCUCUCGCUUCAUUCUCUGUAUACUA